AUGGCACGCUCCACUCAGCUGGCGAUCCUCUCCGUCGCCUUCUUCUUGCUCUUCGUGAAGCCUGCGUACGCUCAACCGCUGGGUGUCAUCGACCUGUCGCCAUUCAGCGGCGGCGGCUUUGGGUCCAUGGCCUCGAACAUCCCCGGGGUUGCCCUUUUAAGCAACAUUGGCACCGGGGACACGCUCGCCAGUGUGUUAUCCACCAUGGGGAUCAACCAGGGUGUCAUCGACACCAUCGUCGCGCCACUUGCCAACUCGCGCGAAGCUGCCAACACGGUGCGUGACGUGAUUGCGAGCAACGCCGCCAGCCGUCCGGGGGUCAUGGGUCCCAUGGGCACCCCCGCCCAGGCCAUCUCCGCCUUCAACGACCUGAUGAACAGUGCCUUCCGAAGUGCCGCGGGGCAGCUGGUGGAUACGGUGGUGUCACGCGGCGGCGGCGGCGGCGGCGGCGGCCGGGCCGGCGGCUCUUCGACGUCCUUCCGCAGCAGCACCGCUGCCGGCAGCGAUGCGGACGGCAACAGCAGUACGAACUCGUCCGUACGCAGCUCCUCCCCAAGCGUCAUCGUGGGCUUCGGCUUGCCUGUGGAUCCGUCGGUAUUUGCGGAUGGCUUUACAGCUGGCGCCAACCUGCCCCCCGUCGUCUCCGCCACCGGACCGGACUACACAGCCUUCCAGCAACAGCUGUACGCGGAUAUCGUGAGGCAAAAUGAAGCGGUGGCUGAGUUCCAAAAGCAAGCGGCAAAGAAGGAGAAGACAGAUGAGACCCUCAAAAAGGCAUGUGGACAAUAUGCCCUUAGCGAGUUCCUGGAGUCCCUCGCCCAAAUGCUCCUGAGAUUCGGGCAGCCGGCAAGCGCCACCUUCUCCGUGCUGGCACAGUUCUCAGGCCUCACCUACUCUGCGUUGACGCCGCAGGGCAAGGCCUACCUGAACGUCUUCUGCUGCCAGAAGAUACGCGAGGCGGGCAUCGACGUCGGCCUCCUGGACGACGGCACUAUCGUCGCCGGGCCCCUUAGCGGAAUUAGCUUGGACGCGCUGCUCGGCAUCCCCAGCACCGUCGCCGCCGGCGUGGGCGCUCCCGCCGAAGUUACCGAGGGCAUCGACAAGGUGACGGGUGCCAUCGCCGGCGCGUUGGCAUCCGUUGACAACAGCCUCACGGGUCUGCUGGGCGGCAGCGGCAGCGGCAGCGGCGGAUCGUCAUCUGACCGGCAGCCGAAAUGCAACAUCCUCGACUGGUUGGUCUUCGCACUGCAGAGCGACCCGCAGCUCAUGAAGCAGUUCACCGACCUGAUCCAGGUCACGAUGCAGCGCUGCCCCUCAAAAUUCCUGUACGCGGCACCUGGUAUUCUGUAA